CACGACGACGUGGACCCGAGACCCUCCGGAAUGGCACCCAAGCAGAGGAUGCGCAUCGCCAACGAGAAGGCGACCAAGUUCAUCACCCAGCGCGGCAAUGUGCCCAAAUCCACGAAAUCGCAGGACGAGUCGUCACCAGUUGGCCCUUGGCUCUUGGCACUAUUUAUUUUUGUAGUCUGUGGUUCUGCUGUUUUCCAAAUAAUUCAAAGUAUCAGAAUGGCAUAACAUGUUUGAAUAUCUGAGCCGCAGUUACAUCUUAGUUAUAAUAUCGUUCAAAAAUCAAUGCAAACGGGCAAUUGAUCAAGGUCAUCCUUUCUAACGUCGACUGAUUUUUCUACAGAGCUGCGGACUUUACUCAUUAUUAAAUAUGACCGGAAUUAAGAAAGAAUGAAGGAACGUUUACGAGGAUGGGCGUUUGUGGCCUUAAAUCCUCUGCUGCAAUAAUGAUUGCUCUGGAUCAGAGAUUUCUAUAUAUUUUUCUUUCAUUAGCUCAAAGAAUUAAUUUAUAAAAAAGAAAAGAAUAAAA